ACCUUGUUUGCACUGCUUUUUGAAUUCAGUUCAGAGGGAUACAGUACAAUCAAUGACCAAAACAAAAUGGAUUAGACUGAAAAACAAUUUAUUUAAUCUAGAGUAUCACAUUUUAUUCCGCGUUCUCAAUAUGCAUUAACUAAAAUUUAAAACAGGGAUUACAAAUGUUGUUUUUGCACUAUAAGUUGUUAUAGAUAGUUUUAGAGAAAGGAUAAAUAUAAAAGUCUGCCGGAGAUAGCAGUGUGCUAUUAGCGGCAAUAUAGCUAGCUGAACUGGUCGACUAGCCAGUUUACCGCUGUAACCUACGAGUAUUUUUUUUGUUACUUCCAAAGGACUGUGACACCACCCUUGUCACACUGCCAUGGCUGACAGCAGCAUAGUUACUUUGGGGACAGCUCGGAGCCUUCUGGUGGACUGCUCUGUGUAUGACUCCAGGAUGGCUGAGACAACUAAGGAUGUAUUCCUGGGUUUGGGCUCCGAAGACAUGGAAGAGAUGCUGCCUCGGGUCGUAACCAGAGUUGUUCUUGUGGGAGAAGCUGGCAAAAAUGGAGCACUUGUCAAAGCACUGCAGGCCGUCAGAAUAAUGGAAGUCCCUGUGGUUAAGAUUAAAGGCGGGGAACCUGGCGCCGAGGCUGGCGAGAAAUUGAUAAAAUCUAUAGUCAAUAUGGAUAUCAAUAUUUCCUGCAUAAAGACUGAUGACGUGAAAGAGUUUGGCGAUGGUGAAAACACAGAGUUUGAGACAGUGUUUGUUCUCGAAGACUUUGAUUCCUCUGACUACAGCUACCUUUACAAACAUGAUAACCGGAUCGUGGGGCCCCCGGUUGUUUUGCACUGUGCAUUACGAGAGGAGCCCCUGCCGUUUUUCUCCCGUCCUUUGUACUCCACCACCAUGCUGCACUUAUCACUGUGUUUCACCGGUUUCCGCAACAAAGAGGAAGUUAAGAAAUUGGUGAAUCUGGUGCAUCACAUGGGAGGUGCCAUUCGGAAAGAUUUCAGCGCUAAAGUCACUCAUCUCAUUGCAUACUCAACUCAUGGCGAGAAGUACAAGCUUGCUGUGUGUAUGGGCACACCCAUCCUCACCCCGACAUGGAUCCAUAAGGCGUGGGAACAUCGAGAUGAUGUUCAGUUCCAUGCCGGAGAUGAAGCGUUUCGCACAGAGUUCAAAGUGCCCCCGUUUCAAGACUGCGUGCUGAGCUUUCUGGGCUUCUCCGACGAUGACAAGGUCAACAUGGAGGAAAGGACACUAAAACACGGUGGUCGCUACUUGGAGGUUGGAGAUGAGAAAUGCACUCACAUGGUGGUGGAAGAAAACUCUGUCAAGGAACUUCCAUUUGUACCAUCAAAGAGGCUUUAUGUUGUCAAGCAGGAGUGGUUCUGGGGAAGUAUACAAAUGGAUGCCAGAGCUGGGGAGUCCAUGUACUGCUACGAGAAAAUGGACAGUCCUGUGAUGAAGAAGGCAGUGUCCCUGUUGUCCCUCAACACGCCCAACAGUAACCGCAAGAGGCGGCGUCUCCGGGACACCCUUGCCCAGCUCACCAAGGGAACGGAGAUCUCCCCGUUUCCUCCCCGGAAGAGGCCUUCUGGCGAGGUCUCCAUGGGCUCGCUGCUGGAUAUCUCUAACACCCCGGAGACCUGCAAGGACUUGGCAGAGCACUCCCGGCCCUCGAAGAGCUCCACCCCCACCAACCUGAAACAGUCCGCUAGAUGGCAGGUCUCCAAGGAGCUGUACCAGACAGAGAGCAACUACGUGGAUAUUCUGCACACGGUCUUGAAGCUGUUCAAACUCCCCUUGGAAAAAGAGGACCAAGUUGGAGGGCCCAUUUUGGCCCAGGAAGAAAUCAAGACCAUCUUUGGCAGCAUCCCAGAGAUCUAUGAUGUACACACCAGGAUAAAGGCUGAUCUGGAGGAGCUGGUCAUGGACUGGUCCGAAGACAAGAGUGUCGGAGACAUCAUUCUCAAAUAUUCUAAAGACCUGGUGAAGGCAUACCCGCCCUUUGUCAACUUCUUUGAGAUGAGCAAGGACACCAUAGUGAGAUGUGAGAAGCAGAAGCCCAGGUUCCAUGCUUUCCUGAAGAUCAAUCAGUCGAAGCCUGAGUGUGGGCGGCAGACACUUGUGGAGCUGCUGAUUCGCCCAGUGCAGAGACUGCCUAGUGUGGCCCUCCUCCUUAACGAUAUAAAAAAACACACGGCCGACGACAGGCCUGACAAAAUCACGCUAGAGAAGGCCAUCGAGUCGCUCAAGGAGGUUAUGACUCACAUUAACGAAGAUAAGAGGAAGACCGAAGGACAGAAGCAGAUCUUUGACGUUGUCUACGAAGUCGACGGCUGUCCUGCCAACCUGCUUUCGUCACACCGCAGCCUGGUUCACAGGGUGGAGACCAUUGCCCUGGGAGACCAACCCUGCGACCGGGGUGAAAACGUCACCCUGUUUCUAUUCAACGACUGUCUUGAGAUUGCCAGGAAGAGACACAAAGUGAUCAGCUCAUUCCGGAGCCCUGUGGGCCAGACGCGGCCCGCAGCCCAGCUCAAACACAUCACCCUGAUGCCCCUCUCUCAGAUAAGGAGGGUCCUGGAUCUGCAGGACACGGAUGAUUGCCAAAACUCCUUUGCCCUGGUAGUGCGGCCGCCCACGGAGCAGGAGAAUCUCCUUUUCAGUUUCCAGCUGACCACCGAGGACACGGAAAAGUCAGCCUGGCUGAAGAUGCUCUGUCGCCACGUGGCCAACACCAUCUGCAAGGCAGACGCGGAAGAUCUCAUUCAGUGCACUGAGCCCGACUCCGUCCAAGUGAGCACCAAGGAUAUGGACAGCACACUGAGCAAAGCCUCCAGGGUCAUCAAAAAGACUUCAAAGAAGGUAACAAGGGCAUUCUCCUUCACCAAAACACCCAAACGAGUGCUCCAGAGAGCCUUCCUGGCCAACAGCACCCCUGAAGACAAGAGCCCUGGCCCCAGUUCUGUGAACAUGUGCCAUGUGGGAAGCAGUUCCACCCUGUCUGCGAUGCACUCACCCUCCAUGGUCAACCUGCCAUCCAUGUUCGAGAGGAAGUACCACACGUUCAGCCGCUCCACAACCCACCUGUUCUGAUUGACUCACGGAGGAGCGAAUCGGUGCUAUGCAUUGUGAAAUUCUCCCUCCAGUUCAAUUAGCUCACCUAUCCACAAUGGUACUGCAGAUCGGUACGUCCUGUGAGGGUUUGAUUACGACAAGUUCCAACAGAUAUUGCCCGAUUUGGGAAAAUGAAGGAUUGCUACUGUGUUAAGCCAGCCUCAUGUCCUGGACUUUUUGGCACAUUUGAUUAACAGCUAAAGAAACGAUAUUCACUGACACUUUUUUUUAUAUAUAUAUUUAUAUCGUUUUAGAGGUUUAGCUCACUGAAUGAUUAACCAAUGAAAGUAUUAAUUUGUUUUAUGGGGAAAAGCCUGUCAGUUUCUUACUAUAGUCUCCAGCUUUUAUAAAGCUCUGUGUUUUUACUUUUGAUACAAAUUAUCAGGAUUAGGGGAACAAAAGCAUACAUUAGCAUAAGCUCUGUCUAUUGUGUCUACCCUUUUUUUAUAUAAGUGAUUGUUUUAUGUUGUCAAGUGGGUGUUUAUGUUCGAAAGGGACUAAGGAUAUGUUUCACUAAAGUACAUAUUUAUUCUCCAGAAUCUCUUUAUAAAUAGUCUUUAAAAAGCCUCUUGCUCCUGCUAUUUAUGUGUAAAUGUAUUUUUCUUUUUUGUCAGUCAUUAUCUGUAAUUGUUCCGGUGGUCUCAUUGUCUUCCUCUGUAUCAAAUGCACUUACAAAUGUACAUGAUCCAACUUAGGCUUUUUUCUGAUUACUUCUUUAGUCAACACACAAUGAAUGGAAAAAAAGAAAUAAGCAUCCCUCCCAUUCAUUUGUAUUGAAUAGUGGCUAUUAUGCAGUCACUUUUAUUAUGGUUUGGAAAUGAAUAAUUUGACUCAAUUUUAAUAAAAUUGCCUCGAUUGAA